AUGGGGUACAGCAAAGCUUCAAAGCAGCUUGACAGAGUUAUUUACAAGCGCUCUCAUCGUGAAAUAGAAUCAACGGCAGGAACAAUACUCUCCAGUAGCAGGUCUUCACCCAAUGUUGCAUACUUAAGUACUCGAUUAACUAUUCAGAUGUAUACUACCCCACGUCCUUUAACAUGUUUCAUACUUUUCAUGCAUUUUCAUGCUGCGGUGCGUUUUUUAACAGUUGUCUUCUUCAUACGAGGAGCAGUUUGUCAAUAUGAAGCAGAUGACCGAAGAGAGCGAUACUGUCAUCGACUUUUUCUACCUGUGAUCAAUCCAGCCAUGGGCUUAUGUACGUAUCCAUGUCUAUUAUUAUCUCACGAACUGCCACCAAAGAUACUUGUGCAGUGGGAGCCUGACGGAACUGUUUGCAAGAUCAAGGACCCAUUCUCCCAAGAACUAAAGACCGGUCACUGCCGAAGAGGAUCGUGCCAAGGGACGGGAAGUUACGGAGAGAUAAAGCGCAUCAAGAGAGGUCUCAGAUCCUCUAUUGAUGCCAGUCAGCGGAACAACGGUCAUGCUGUCUACACACGUUUGAACAGGACAGCCGGAGCACCAAGUGCGGCAACAUUGAGGAGACAGAAGAUCGAACGGAGGAGGAGACGGAUGUGGUUUGAUUGUGAUUGUGCUAGUCAAACGGUAUUACUCGGCGACACGCGUUCUUUACCGCGCGCCUUUGGCAGUGGCAGUCGCGGUAAAAGAGGGAAGCGACGUAAAGUAGGAUGCAGGAUAAUUUGUAUAUUCCUUGUAAACCGAUACAAGCACGACAGCAGCUGGAUCAGCCUUUUUGAAGCUAAUUCAAGUUCCGUUAGAGGCAGCGGGAUCGCAAAUGCUUCGACCAGAUCCGGCGGAAAUGGAACCUUCCAUGGGCCUACCGGCGGACAGACGGGUGGUGCCUCUAGAAGAUUAAACGCAGCUAGUCUCAGUACUCACGUAAGCGGAAUGCAUGGCUCAGGUUUAGUAGGCAGUGGUGGAGUUAGAAACACUAAUAACUUAGCCGCCGGACCUGUUGGCGUCAGUGUUACUAACGCUGCUACAAGCGGCGGAGGCAUGGACGCUAGCGCUGUCGCUGGUAAAGGCAAUAGCACAGUACUGGGCAUAGGUACAGUAAAGAACGCUGUGUCUGAAGCCGUUAUGGCAGGUGCAUCCGUCGGGAACACAAGUCAUACUAUGAGUAGCGUUUUAGGAGCCGGGAGCGACCGUAAUAGACUAGUGGGUGGCGAUGCCAAUGGUAAUCCUGCUUUAGUCAUUGGAGGUCCCCCUGAUAGCAGAAAGAACGGAUUUAGCAGCAAAAGCGCCAAUGACGUUGAAGUAGGCAGCAUGCCUUUAGGCACUGGAUCUGUCGGAAGCGUUGGUAAUGCAGGAGGGAGCCGCACAAUUGCUGGUAAUAAUAGCACCGUAACUGGCGGAGCCCCAGGCAGCGUAUCUGCCGGGGGCGUCAGUGGUAGCAGUGCUACAGGGGCUGCAGGUAUUGUCAGCACUAACGGGAUUAUAGUGAGCAGCACGGGUUUGUCCGGCAGCAAGACACAUAUCCCUGGCGGGGCCAGCAUUGAAAGUGGCAGUGAAGAAAGGAAUACAGCCGUCGGUGUUGUUGGCAGCGGCUCCAGCACAGUGGUAAACACCACAUCCCUCCCCGGUAUUCGAUUAGGAAUCAGUAAUGGUGGACUCUCACAUGAGAGUGUUCGUAAUAAUGGCUCAAACGACGUGAGAGGAACAGAAAGUUCAAGUGCUAUAGGGGGCGCUACCGUUAGCACCAACGGAGCAGGUCAAGGCAUCGGCUCGUUUGGCAGCGGCAUUGCUGCUAGUGGCGGACCGGCUUUCCCGGUUUCCAAAGGUGCUAUGAACGCUACAGCUACGGAAGGUGGCGUCGGAAGUCAAGGAGGCGUCGGAAACAACAGCAGAGGUAUCAGUAAUGGUGGUGGGUCUAAUGUUCACGACGAUCAAGGAGGCAUAAGUGUCAGUGGUGGGAUUGUUAAUAGCACUGGAGGAAGCGCAGCUGUCGCUGGUAGUUCUGCUGGUAAUACUGGGAUGGCAACUGUACGCGCCACAUUAUCAACCACUGGUUCUCGUGUCUCAUCCACUACCGUCACUGAAAGUCGCCGUGUUCUCACCGCUGUCUCUCCGGCUGGUGCAGCCAGCGGUGUGACAGGACGUUUGGUAAACGGCGGUGAAACUAGCGGUCCAGUUGCCGGUGGUACGCAAAUGGGUGCAGGGUUAACCGAAAGCAGAACGGUUCUAAGUGGCACCAACGGCGCACCUAAUAAUGCUUCAAGCAGCACAGGGCUCAGUGGAGGCGCUGGCGCUGGUGGCAAUGACACAGGAAUUGGCGCUCAUAGUGUUGGAAGCGGUCGGAUAGGAAUUGGCAACAACAAAUUUCCGCUAGAAAAAGGUGCUCUCCUUAAUUCAGGUUCUGAAGCGGUUGGAGGAGCAACUGCAGCAGCUUCUACUUCCUCUAGUAGUAGCAGAGUUCUUGGUGCUGGCGCAAGUACGGUGAGUAGCAGUGCGGGCCUACUCCACAGCGCUGGGGUAGCAAGCGGUACCACUCUAAAACCUGGUAAUAAUGGCAGUUCAACCGGCACAAUCACAACCGGCGUACUUUCUGGAACUCUCAGUCCUGGUAGUGACGGAGCUGGCAGUGGCUCUGCAGGCAGUCAUGGUAUUGUAGCUAUUAACAACGGCUCACCAAACGGGGGUGCCAAUACCCCUUUGAGAAGCAUUGUUGGAAGCAGCUCUGGGGCCAGUAACGUGAGUGUCGGCGGUGUUUCCAAUAAUGUCAGCCACGUGACUAUCGGUGGAGGUGGUAAUAAUGAAGGUUCUAGCGGAGGAGGAGGAACCAAUGUACUUACUGGCCACGCCAGCAGCGCCAGUGAAGGAGUCAGAAUUGGCUCUGUAGGCAAUCCUGAUAGUGGGAUUGGUAAACCUGGCUCAUCAGGCGGGAGUCCGACUGUAUCUCAUACAUCCGGUGUUCAAAGUAGCGCUGGCCAAGGCAAUAUGGCUGUCGGAGGGGCUGGUGGUGCAGACAAUAUUCCGGCCGCUGUGGGAAGAGCAGGCAGUAGCGCGACUGGGUCAGUUACAGGUGGCUUGUCUAACGGAAGCGUCGGUAGCCCUGGCGUAACCACGCUCGCAGGAAGUGGAUUGAGCGGUGUCACCUCAGGCCGUGAAGAAGGAGUAGGCGCUGGUUCUUCAAGCAAUAGGGUGAGUGCAACACCUACUGACCAGUUGGCCAGUGGAGGAGCAAACAGUGCAGCGUCCGCUAGCGCUGGUAUAACUGCAACCGAAAAUGAGGUAGGCGGUGAGGCGAGUACCACGUUAGGAAUGAGAACCAAUGGGAUCACUGGUCGUCCUCCCAACCUUCCAGCUGCAGGAGGGAGCGAAGCUGUCGGGGGUGUUCCCAGCAACACCGGCGUCGAAAUGGGCAACGUCACUGUCGGCACUAGUAAUGCAAGCAUAACUACCGGUGUGCCUGGCGGCCACUCCCCUCCUUCUGUCAUUGACAUCGUUCCAGUUGUUGGAAGAGGAAACGGUGCUGGCGGUGGCGCCAUAGGCAUCACUAGCAGCGUAGCAGUUGGCCCAGUUUCAGGCGUCACAGCAAGCACUGAAACUGUUACAGGUGGAUUACAUGGUCCUAUAGCCGGUCCCUCCGGUGUCGCAUUGCUGGGAACUGGUGCGGGUGAACCGAGAGGAUCUGUGAGCGGCGCUGUUAGCGGAGGUGUUGAGGGAGUCCACCGAGGUUUCCGAGGGAACACUAGUCGAAACACUAACGCUGGUUCAUCCGACGAGGGCGCUAGUCCAUCACUUUCAACUAGCUCACGAGGAGCUGGCAUCGAUAUUGCCGGCAGUGGCGCUGGCAGGGAAGUAGGCGCACCCGUCGGUGUUCUCAGCGCUGGAAGAAAUGAAGGCCCAAGCGGCAGUCAUGGCAAUAACCAUGGUGCUGAUACUGUUGCUGGCGAGGGAUUCGGCGCGGGUUCAUUUAGCAAUGGCAGGCCAUUAAGUUUUGGUGGAGUGAAUGGUGGAACAGCGAAUGGGUUUGGUAACACAGGUGGCGUGAUGAGCGCUGGAACAUGGAACCCAUUAAGUGGCGCGUAUAAUAACAUGGGUGCAGGCUACGGAAACAAUCGAUUUGCAGGAGGUUUUGGCAGUAUGGUGGGUAUGCAACCUUAUAGCGGUGGAAACUUCGGCAUGGGUGGUGUAUAUACGGCUAGGGCGCCUACUCGGCGGAAUAUCGAAAUAUAUGACGAUGACAUCUUUUUUCAAGACUAAUAAAACUACAGUGAUAUGUGGUAAAUCAUAUAAAGAAACCGAAUGUUCUCACAAUUUGCACGCGCAAAGAAUCGAGAAAACAGUUGUCUUUUUUACAUACUUUCUCCUCUAUCACAUAUGAGUGAUAUUAUUAUCCGCUCCUAUAGUGCCUGUUAGAAUAAAUAGGGAGCAUGAAAGAAAUUUCAUUAUAUACAAAGCCAAUGUAUAGAAAAAAGGCUAAGUAUACAUAAGUGCUACAUAUGACUAAUCUAUAAAUUUAACAAGUAAUUCAGGGUGAAAGUAACUCUUGCCACUGGAAGCGACGUAUCUUUACGAGCUGAUAUGACAAUAAAAAUUCGGUGGCACCCAUCUCACGUUGUUUUUCGGCGCAAAUGUGUUUACAAUUGAAUCAAGCAAUCGACGCAGCGUAUUGCCACCGUUAAAUCGAAUUAGAUACCAGUGAUGUACUGCAGCAGGAAUCCUAAUUCGUACAUAAUGAAUUUAUUGUAUAUCUAAUCACCAUUCGGUUUUUCUGAAUGACCAUUUGUUUCAUUAUUCAACGUUAAAUUUGGUGUACCACGGGGUUCCGUGAGCGGCGCCAUCUUAUCUUUAGAUUAUAUUAACGAUAUCAGUAGUAGCCUGUGUUCCACAGUCAGAUUAUUUGGGGAAGAUUUGUGAUUUAUGGAGAAAUUAUGAGGCCUAUACAUGCUUGCUACUCACAAACCGAUGUAAUGAGCGACCAAUGGAAAUUAACGUCAAUAAAACCAAUACCAUUAUA